UUGGUCCGAUCAUCAUCACCAAAACAAGACCGCCGCCGCCGGAAACUGCAAACGUGGGCUGCCGCUGCUGCUACCGGCGGGGAUUCUGGUGGCUUUGUUGAUGAACCUAACGGGGCUACUGCUUUUCCUCUUCACCAUACCCAAAGAACCAAAGCUUUUCUAUGGCUUUUCCGGCGUGGCCAAUGCUGGGAGCCAUAAAAACGGGGUUCCAAAAUUGGAUAGGCUUCUUGGCGGGCUUUUGCAUUCUGGGUUUGAUGAAAGAUCGUGUUUAAGUAGGUAUGAAUCUGUGCAGUAUCUCAAGGAACUCAAGCGCCAGCCUUCUUCUUUCCUGAUCUCCAGGUUAAGAAGCUAUGAAGCGCUUCACCGUCGCUGCGGGCCCCACACAGAAACGUAUAACAAAACCGUGGAACGCUUCGUGUCGGAAAACCAUCAUGAGUUCUCCGACGUCGACGGCGGCGCAGAAUGUAAAUAUGUCGUUUGGAUACCUUUCAGUGGACUGGGAAACAGAAUACUCACUAUGACUUCGGCUUUCCUGUACGCCAUUCUCACCGGUAGAGUCCUCCUCGUUGAUCCUCUUGAUCACACGCCGGAUCUCUUCUGCGAACCCUUCCCCGGAACUUCAUGGUUUCUGCCGGAAAAUAAUCCGAUUACGGAGGAUUACGUCAGCAGAUUUGGCGAAAACUCGCCGUUUAGUUAUGGGAGUAUGGUGAAGAACAAUUUGAUUGACAGGUUUAAUGUUGUGUCUGAAAAACCGCCCUUUAUCCAUCUCAGUCUCACAUAUGUUAUGGAUGAGUACGAUGAACUGUUCUUCAAAGAUGAAGACCAAAUUUUUCUGCAGAAAAUUCCAUGGCUAACUAUGACGUCAGACGAGUAUUUCAUCCCAUCUCUGUUCUUGAUGCCAUUGUUCCAGAAAGAUCUGGAGAAGAUGUUCCCCGAGAAAGACGCAGUGUUCCAUCUCCUAGGACGGUACCUAUUUCAUCCCACAAAUCCUGUUUGGGGGCUAAUUACCAGAUACCAUAAAGCUUACCUAGCCGGAGCUGAUGAGAAGAUAGGAAUUCAAGUAAGAGUGUUUGAAGGAGGCCCAUUUAGGCAUGUUCUAGACCAGAUAUUAACAUGUACAAAGGAAGAGAAAAUCUUGCCACCAUUAAUCAAUCAAGAAAAUCAUCCCAACAAUGAUGACAAGAACAACAAGAAGACAAAAGUUGUGCUGAUAACAUCUCUGAGUUCAUGGUAUGCAGACGUGAUUCGAGACAUGUAUUUGUUGUAUCCAACGUUAACCGGCGAGGUAAUCCGAGUUCUCCAGCCGAGUCACGAAGAGUACCAAAAAUCUCGGGAUGGAAUUCACUACAUAAAAUCAUUGGCAGAAAUGUAUCUUCUGGGGAUGAGUGAUAGAUUGGUGACAAGUGGAUGGUCAACUUUUGGAUAUGUGGCUCAGGGUCUUGGAGGUUUGCGCUCAUGGGUUUUGUAUAAGCCGGAAAAUUUCUCAGCUCCUGAUCCGCCAUGCCAGCCUGUCAUCUCCAUGGAACCUUGCUUUCAUCUUCCUCCUUUAGAUCACACCAUGACUGUUGUUCCUUAUGUAAGGCCUUGUGAAGAUAGAAUUAGGGGUCUUAAGCUCUAUCCGGAUAACCAAACAAUAUUAAAAAAUAUUCUUAAUUCUUAAAUUAGAGACUCAGUAAGUAAACGAACUGCUAAUUAUGUACUGAUAAGGAUAUGAUAC